AUGCCACGGCUUCAAUUUACUCCGUGGAAGGAGUUGUCUGAGCUGCUGGCCAUUCGCAGCCAAUUUUACCCCUCUACUUCUGAGGAACCUGCAGACAUGCGUGCCAAAGCAUGCUCACUUGUUUGGGUCUGGAAACUGCGCGGGAACCUGCCGCAUUCCGUGGAAGCAACUGCACUAUUAACAGAUGCUAUUCUACACGAUGAUGCCAAGAAAAAUUCCAUUUUCUCUAUUCGGGCGACUUAUUCGGCAGCGUUUUGCAGAUUUGUUACCGGACUAGUGGACUCGAAAUUGUACGGAAGGAAGCAGACUAUGUUCCAAAAGGCAACUGAACUCGGUUUACCAGCUUCGUUUGUGGAACUACGCCACGAGGCGACACAUAGGGAGUUACCAUCGCUUUCUGUACUGCGAAAUGCGGCUCAUCGGUCCCUGCAAUGGCUCUGGAAGUUUUACUGGGUUGGUUUGCCCGAUAUCGCAACGGCAGACCCCGGUAUUGGUGCUCCAGGGCUCAGUGAUGGCUCUCGAUCUGUGAAGGACGUAAUACAGCAGUCGUUGAAAACUGUAGUAUUUCGCUCGAGCGAGAACUCUGCGAAAAGGAAACGACCUCGAAUGUUAGAGUCGGCUCGGGUGCUAGAAAAUCUCACAUCGAUUUGCAGCCAACAAGGAGAAGGGGCUAUUGUUGAAGUGCUUUUAGAGGAGGGUUUUCUUGUUCCAGCCAGCAGGACCCUUGGAAAUCCAAUGGAGCCCGUGUUUUCAACAUGGGAUGGAUAUUUAAAAAAACUGUGUCAACAACAUGCAACGUUUCUCACCGUUCUAAGCGGUGAGCUAGCCCGUGUCCUUAUCGAUUCGGAUAGCACGGCCUCGGAGGGAGAUCCGUAUAAGGAGGCUGUAUAUCUAUGGCUGCGUCACAUUUUAAACUCAAACUCAUGGGCUACAGUCAGAAAGCUGAACCUUUCGAUGUGUUACGUCAAUGCAGUCUGUAGCGAUGCUUCAGGUUAUUGGGUUGACCAUCUUCGAUCACCAGUUGAUCAAUAUUCACAUAACUUGGAUACAGACAUACAGAUGGAAGCCGGCGGGUACGUUACUUCAGAGAUAGGGAAAGGUAAUGAUGCAGUUGUGAGUGGGACGGAGGGUGGCUCCCUUCCUGAUGCUGCGGACAUGCAGGCAGACUCAGACUCGAAUAUACUGCGAAGCUGUGGAUGGAAUAUAGACGGAAGCUGGAGGUACAAAUCCAUUGGUGUUGUCUAA